AUGCAGAUAGGGAAGAUCCUACAUUUCCUUCAUGUUGAACUUGGUGAAGAUGAGCAAGAAAACUGCAAAGCGGCUAAGCCGAAGUCAUCCAGAACCAAAUCAUCAAAAGGAACCAGCUCGUCGGCACCGACUGGUGAAAGUUCAGAACAAGCCGAUCCUAAGAGAAAGGCGGUUCAAGCCGAAGCCCAGCAGAAGAAGGGACGAAAGAAGAAGUCGGCGAAGAAAAGCACUCAGAAACCGGCAGAUUCCGGGAAAACGAUAUCCUCGGACAACUCACCAAAAAGAACAGCAAAUGUCUUUCAACCGAUCCCAAUCAACACAGUUCAUCUAAACCCAGCCAAAUCCCCAUCAUCAAGGCAAACCGAACCCUCGGGGAGCCAAGAAACUCAGUCAAAGUCGAAGGAAAUUCCGACUAAAGAGGUCAUAUUGGACGUGGUCCAAAACAUUGUUCAUGAAACCGAAGACGACGUGACAAGUCUUCUCAAGCCAACUGAUCGGGUUGAGGUACCCGGUCAGAGUGAAAUCCAUCCGGUCGAAGAAACGGCCAAAACAGAAAACAUCAACCGUCCGGAUCAGGAGGGAAAUAUCAAAGAGAAAGAACCAUCUGUUUCGGCUGGGGAUAAAUCUGUUCCAACCGAAACAACGCUCCAAUCGGCUCAAGACGGGCCAACAAAUCGAACAAUCACACCUGAAGGUCCAUCUCAGGUUAACAAAGGAAAGGAAAUUAUGCGUGAGGACUCUUUGGUGCAAGGAGACAAUGAAACCCAAACCGGUUCACAUACUAUGACCAAAGCCGAAGUCCUCAUCUCCAUAGAAGAAGAGGAGGAAAUGUUCCAGAAGUUCAUCCGGGAUAUGAACAAGGAAGCUGAAGAGUUGGCUUCCCCGUAUCAUCUAUGGGUCAAGUUACAUUGUGAAACAAGGCUUUCUGACAUGAUUCCCGAACUUAGCGGUAACAAGCACUGGGAGAAACUCUUGGAUUUAGAAGAAGAGACUCUAAAGUUAACGGGUACCGACGUAAUACAAGCCGCAUUCUCCAAAACUAUGGAGAUACAAGAAUACGCUCGGUUACAUGUAGUAGAAGAUGCCAUGAAGGAGGCAGAAGGGGCAGAACUAACUCCAAUGGAGUCAAGAAUGCUUGAGCGGUUUCAUACGGUGCGGAAUAAUCUCAUUCAGAAUGUUGACCGGCUCGAAGCAGAAUGGAAAGACGCUCAGGGACUUGAGCAAGUGAAGGGAGUGGUUGUUGACACCAUUAUUUCUUGUCUCCACAAGUACAACAUUGCUACAGAUGAGAAGAUUGCAACCGUUCAAAAAAAUUUGACCGAAACCGUCUGGGCAUCAAUUCAUUCUGAGAUUGAAGAAACGGUUCAAACAUCAAUCAAGUCAAUGGUCGCCGAAUCUGUUAAAACCACAACCGCUCCUCUACUUGAAAUGAUGCAGGCUAUGGCAACUCAGAUUGAGGAGUUGUCUAAACUGCAAGCUGAUAAGGCUCAAGCGCAGAUCCGUGCUGAUGCCGAAACAGCCAAGAAACUUCAAGACGAAGACGAGGAGAGAGAACGGUUAAGAAAGGAAACCGAAGACAAAGAUAAUGAGCUGGCUAAGCAAUACAAUGAUGAAGAAAAGGCCGCUCAACCUGAACCCAUACCAGCUCAAGCCUCGCACUCUAUGAAAACGAGGAACAAGAACAAACGUAAGGCGGUUGUGGCUGUAAUGAAGCUGGCGGAACAAAGCGGUCUAGAAGAGAUUCAACCGGUCGGACAAUUCGAGGAACCUCUUGAUGAAGAAGAAGAGGAUAUUACACGACUCAACCGGCGAAAGAAGAAAGCAGUUGAAGCUUCAACCGCAUGUCCAAGCUCGUUGCUCGAAAUAUCCAAAUCUCUCAAGAUAGAAGAAGUUGAGCAAAUUGAAGAUGCUGAUGCAAUAGCAAAAUGUUUUCAAGCUAAAGAAGCUACUGAAGCCGCUAAAGUUGUUAAAGCUGCUAAAGUUGUUGAAGCCGCUAAAGUUGUUGAAGUUGUUAAAGUUAUUGACCCUGAUAUUGAUAAUGUUAAAAAGAGGGAAGAUAGAAAUCUAGGGGGAAGAGAUACUUGCGGUUGGAGCACUCGAACCAGGAGGAAGCCAGACCGAGGAGAAGGCCGAGGUGCAGACCGUGGAGGAGGUCAACGAAGAAAAGUUCGAUGGGAAAGUCUUCUCUUCGGCGAUCUAAUCGAAGGCGGUCAAAAUGAAGACUGA